CAGUUCUUCGGCCUCUUGGACACGGGUAUGAGUGGACAAAACAAUCUAGCUUGCCAAAAGUACUCUUAUAGCCUCAUCUUAGUUUUUUCUGUAACAGGCAAAGAAGAGGGCAACCUGACCAGAGCCUCAGGCCUUUAGGGCCCGGGGGCCUCGGGUAGGAUGAGCCCAGGCCAAGGCCCGCCCGCUCUUCUCUAAUCUCCAAUGGAUUUCCAGGAUUUGCGAGGCGGGAGUGGGAGGGGCCAGAUUGUUAGUAAACGCGGAGACACGUGCGGGCGCGACUCCCGGCGCCCGGGAUAGGCGCGUGCGCACUGGAUACGCAGCCUGUACGCAAGCGCGCGCUUUUGCGCGGAAGUGAGCGUCCCAGUUGCACGUGGGAUCUGGGGUGAUGGAAGGGGUGAUGCAGACUGACGCCAAGAUGCGUACUGAGUCUGGAGCAGAGUCCAGUCCUCGAGGUCCAGGCUGCAGUCUCCGGCACUUUGCCUGUGAGCAGAACCUGUUGUCCCGGCCGGACGGCUCUGCCUCUUUCCUGCAAGGGGAUACAUCGGUCCUGGCGGGCGUAUACGGACCAGCCGAGGUGAAGGUCAGCAAAGAGAUCUUCAACAAGGCCACCCUGGAGGUGAUUCUGAGGCCGAAGAUCGGGCUGCCUGGCGUCGCUGAGAAGAGUCGGGAGCGGCUGAUCAGGAACACUUGUGAAGCAGUGGUAUUGGGAGCGCUGCACCCCCGUACCUCCAUUACUGUGGUGCUGCAGGUCGUCAGUGAUGCUGGCUCUCUCCUGGCCUGUUGCCUGAACGCUGCCUGCAUGGCAUUGGUGGAUGCAGGUGUGCCCAUGCGGGCCCUCUUCUGUGGGGUCACCUGUGCUCUGGACUCUGAGGGGACCCUCGUGCUGGACCCCACGGCCAAGCAGGAAAAGGAGGCCCGGGCCAUCCUGACCUUUGCCCUUGACAGUGUGGAACGGAAGCUGCUGAUGUCCACCACCAAGGGGCUCUACUCGGAUGCUGAGCUCCAGCAGUGCCUGGCCGCGGCCCAGGCUGCCUCGCAACACGUCUUCCGCUUCUACCGGGAAUCACUGCAGAGACGUUACUCCAAGAGCUGAGGCAAGCCGGGGCAGGGCGCCCCUCCCACCGCCACCCACUACCUCCAUGGAAAAUAAACCAGCAGCCUGGCCUCACCUCUCCAUCCCUGUGUGCCCGGAUGAGCUUGCGGGCCUGGGGGCACAGACCCACCCUCCCCUCCCCCGGAAGGCAUUUCCAAACUCAAAACCCAUCCCAUCCCGCCAGCCUGACAGAUACCUGUCGGGUACCCACUCUGGGUACCCGCUCUGUGCAGACCCUGCUAGGUACUGGAGACUCAGCAGUGAAUGACCCCCAGGUUCAAGGAGCACUGGGGUGAUAGGCAAAGAAAAUCAGUGUCUGUCAGAUGGUGGUAAAUGCUGUGUAAAAAGCAGGGAAGAGGGAUUGGGAGAGGCCACAUUUAAUACAUCAGUCAGGGACGUCUUGAUGGAGUAUGGGAGACUUCCGACGGAAGCCCAGGAGGAGGCCUGUGGAAGAGGGAGGAUCAGGUUCAGGGUGGCGCUGGUGUGCUGGAGCAGGGCAAGUAGGGACCGGGGAGGGAGGGAACAUGCACAGUGGGAGGGCCUCGUGGGUCUUGGCAUCCUUGCCUUACGAGAAGAAACCAGCUCAGAAGCCAGUUAGCUGCCAGAUGUCACCAGCUAGCUAAUGAUGGAGCAGGGGGCUUCUACUCAGAGUCCAGCCCCAGAGCCCUUCACCAUUCAGACAAGCCCAGGAGACCCCAGCACGCUCCAGGCCGCAGUUCCCCAUCUGUAAGCAGAAGCGGCUGAGGCCCGUCGGUCAGCUGUAUGGAAAUACGGGGAAGGGAGGUUUUAGCAGCCAUUUGACUGCUGUGUCCCCCACCCCCAUAUUUAGUGGGUGGGAGCCAAGAACAUGAGCGCAUCCCACAAGGAGUAACUCUCCCACAGCUGGGCCACAUGGUCGCCAGAUUCUAUGGGGUGCUGACAUUUGGGGGUUUACAGUGAAAAUUAUAUGUCUGGCGGGCCCUCAGCCACAUGCUUCACAUGCUUGAACUAGCUCACCCCGUUCCCACAAUUGCCCCGUGGAGCUGGUGUCAUUUUCGUCCCCAGUAACCGAGAAGGGGAAGCCUCAAAGUCUUGAUUGAGCUUGAAAUUCUGCCCUGUGAGACUCCGGAGAACGCCAAAUGGGAAAGUGUUCUAGGAAGAUCCAGAAUGGCAUUAAACAGGCGUGAGAAAACUAA